AUGGACGGAAAUGACGACCAGCGAGGGGUAAGGCCCGACCCGCCAAAAAAGCGAAGGUUAAUUGAUGGGACCAAGAAUUGGUUCAAAAAUAUUUUCGCAAAGCCAGCGACUGGCAAUGCAUCCACUGCUGGCCUCGAUGAGCAGCGCCAGCUCUCGCCACCCCAAGAGUUGCACCAGUCCUCAUCAACCGAAGAGCACGAGCAAGGCCCCGAUGAACGGCGCCAGCUCCCGCCACCCAAAGAGGUGCAGUCUUCAUCAACCGAAGAGCACGAGCAACCGUCGGAGCCUGCCCCUAGGCGGUCAGGUAGAUAUCAAGCCAAGCAGCCGCAACAAUCUCCGACUGCUCCCCCAGUCGCCUCGCAAGAACCUGCGCUUCUCGACGAGGCGAUACUUGAAGAAUUCGACCGAUAUGUCCGUUGUGCAUGGAAUCCGACACCGAUUCCGACAGACGAGCGUCUCGAGGAAUGGAGCGAACAUCGACUUGGAGAUAUCUUAAGGCUCGAGCUGCCAGAGCCUCUUGCUCUGGAGGUGGCAUCCGAAAGCUACUUCAAUUUGAUGCUCAUCAUAUUUACAGGGGAACCGGAGGCGGACCUCAAGGACGCGCUGUUCAGUGACAGCAGGAGGUCUCCGAAGGCCUUCGUGCGCUUGGACUCGUCGAGGCGACCGAGGGGUCAAGUUGGGAUUGUACACAGUCUCGCGGGCAAUCUCCUUCAUCAGCACUCACCGUACUCGCUGGUGAGGGAACCCACCCACUCUGCUGUGGCCGAUGCGCUGUACUCAGCGACGAAAAGGCUCAAAAGGGAUGGAGAGAUUGAUUCAGCUUUGAGAUACAUCGCGAACAAAAUCCACAACGACCUCAGGGAGCCGAAGCAGAGUCGCGCCAGCCAGUUGGGCGCAGCGCAGUCAUCGGAAGUGCCAUCCUCAAAAGCCUCGUCUACGACGGGUGUGGUCGAGACUGACUUCUCGUAUGCGUUUUUCUGGCGCCCCCGAAUCCCCUUCCGAGUCUUGAAGAGGGAGCACCCACUUUAUCGUGCGGUGUUAAUGGUCGUGGAGAUGAAGCAACUCCAGGUUGAUCAUGACGUGAAGAUCAAAGUACCGCCGGGGCAGGCGAAGAAGCAAUAUGAGCAGGGGCUGUCACAGGUGAUAAAGUACCUCUACCAUGCUUGGGAGAAGUUUGGAACCAGGAUCGGUCUCUUCGUUUGCGGUCCUUUCUUUGCCAGGCUGCUCGUCACCGACGACAAGGGUAACAUUGCCGUCGAGUGCAAACCUUGCCCGAACGUCGGGCAAGAGUAUUCCUCCCCGGGCUCUUACUUCAAGGAGUUCGACUACCUCAGUCUACCUCACUCGCUGCUCCUUCCCUAUUCGACCAAUUCACAGCUUGCCGAACAGCUGGGUGUUGAUGACCCGUUGCCUUUGCUAAACUUGGAAGGCUUGCGGAAAUUCGAAGAACUGAGCACCCACGUCUUCAAAUCUGCUUUUGACAUGAAAGUCGCUGCGGCCCUUGGCAAGCGGUAUGAUCCCUCUCCCACAUCUACUUCAGCCCAAGGCCAAGACUCCGGCUUCCCGACUCUCUGCGACCUUUCGCCACAAAACGAUGCUGCCAUUGUGAAGGCUGGUCCUCGCUCUCCUAUCCAUUGGUACAUCAGUGCCCGACGAGACGCCAAGGACAGGGUCGAUGAGCACGACGUCAAAAGAUUUCUUGAAGCUUUCAAAGCGCAUGUUCUAUCGUCAUCCUCGCCGCCUAAAGAUUCUGGCAGUCACAAUCCUGACGACGGAGAGGGAGAUAAUCGGGGGCGCGAGGGUGACAAAGAUGAGGGUCACAAGGACAGUCAUCACGGGCGCAGUGGGGGAUAUGGGGGAUAUUGGGGUGGCGGCGGCGGCGGCGGUGGUGGUCAAGGCGGGGAAAAGGCUACGGGGGCCAAGUCCGGAGGGCCGCAAGCGAAGGAAGAGGAGUUUCAAGAGAACUUUGAAGACGAUGUGGAAGAGAAUGUGGAAGAGUACGACGGACAAGACUUCCUAGACAAGGUCAAAUCCUGGGCACCUCACUCUGCCGACCCGGCAUUCGCCUUAGACCCGGCCCCCUGUCUACCUCCGACGUCCCGACCGCCAUCGACAUCUGAUGACGAGGAUGACGAGGAAGUCUGGCCGGACUACGUAGAUACCGACAGCCUGCCCCCCUCCAUCACCAUCAAAGCCGUCUUGUCGUCCACUAUGGACCAGCUAAUCGACGACGCUCUCAAGGAACAACGUCUCCUUUCUGGGUGCACCGCGGAUACCUCUGAACGUCCUUCGCCCACGAGGACAGCUCGUACCGACGGUUCGGGCUCUACCCCCGGUACAGCCUCCACACUCUUGAACGCAAGCCCUCCCUCUGGCGUCUUGAGCAAGCACCUUGAGGAGCGGCCUGCCGAAGGCUCGCUGAGGGAAGGGCAGGGGUUGAGCGAGUAG